AUGCCUGGGAUUAUCAUCGUUACGGCGCAAGACGCUGAUGCCGCCCUUAUCAAUCGUCUCCUACUCUACGUCCGAGACUGGGAGUUCUCGGGUGGUGACAUCGACGAUGCCGACAGAUUCACAGUUCUAUCCACUCAACAGGAGCUGCUGAAAGUCCGAGAAGAUGGUAAUGAAGGCAUCACUCGACCACCGAUCCAGGAGUUCUCCGAGAAUGAAUGGGAAGGUCUCACCGUAGAGGAAGUCGAGAAGAUUAUGAUCGAUAACGAUACCGAAAAGAACGGCUGUACGUCGCUAUUCCUCCUGCUCGAUGACGAGGGCGCGGAAAAGAAAACCAUUCUGGUUGUGAACCGCGCAGGCAACGACCCUGAAGACGACGCCAAAUUCGACUAUGUUGACGAGUUCCAUAAGGUCCGCGUUCCGUGGGAGUGCGUUUACAGUAUGUGGUGCAACCUGGAUAUUGCGAAUAUGGGAUUCGACGAGUUCUGUAAGGAAGAAGAUUUGCUGGACUCAACGAAAAAAGGCGACCCGCGCCGAUGGUGGACCUACAACAAUUUCAUGGGUGAAGAGCAUUAUAAACCUUUCAAGGGGAAGGCGGAGGAAGCUAUCAAAGAGCUCGGGAAGUUAGAUCUUGCUUGA